UGGAGUGUUGCAAUAUUGGAGUAUGACCAGUUGGUGACGUCUUGUGUUUGUCUUGCUCUUCGGACAUGGUUUGAUAUCCAUACACAACUACCAAAUACUGUCUGGGAGAGGACUAGCUAGCUAAUAACAACAUAAUAUGGAACAUCGGUUUGAAGGCUGCAAUUAAAUACAUGAACAUAUUAAUGCAAUCAGAAAUGUGGAUUAAUCAGGGAAUGCGAGGAAAUAUAGGACAAUGGGAUCUCACCUAAUGGAAUGAACCAGUUUGAUCAUAUGAAGCGAGUUGUUUGGAAAGCCACGACGAAUCGAAUGGGACUGUCUUUCCAUAAAGAAAUGAAUGCGAGUUUAAUGGAUAAGAGCGUCUGCUAAAUGACUUAAAUGUAAAUGUAAUGUAAUGAACACAUUGUUACGAAUAGGGCACUGGACAUAUUAUGACAUUCAAGAAGGAUAACUGGCCUCAGUCGCAGCGUUUCAGAUUCUACCUUGCGGAUGUAUUUGAGUGGCAGGCUCAUUCUUUAGCUUCAGCUAGACCCCGUCAUAGACGACGGAACGCGCUUGUGCCGUCACAGAGCGUAGGUGAUGUCGCGGAUGGCAUUCGGCCUCUAUCAGAAUUAACUAGGUACUUGGAGAUUGCCUGUGAAAACAUGAGGAAGGUGCUCAGAACAGUCUCUGAACGGAAUAAGCUCCCCACUAGCUGACGUGAGGAGUUGAAACGUGGCAGGCGGCAGCACUGUGGAACUCUGCGGAAGAAAUUUGAAGAACAAAGGAGAUGGUCACCCUGCUGUGACCUAAUUGGACCGCCGGAGAGGACACGGACGCGCUCGAGCCGUCUGCAGUCAUGAGUCUCCGCACCCCCACCUCAACACUGGACAGGCUAAGCAGCCUGACGAUAGGAGACUCGGAGCGCAACACCUCCAGCGGCCAGCAGAGGGAGCCUCCAGCUGACAUCCCCCCUGAGAACACAGGUCCAGGUCUGGUUCAGAGAUGUGUGGUGGUACAGAAAGACCAGCUGGGGUUUGGCUUCACCGUGUGUGGCGAGAGGAUCAAGCUGGUGCAGAAUGUCCGACCAGGUGGUGCAGCAGUCAAGGCAGGGGUCCACGAGGGAGACAGAAUCAUAAAGGUGAACGGCUCGCUGGUGUCGUCCAUGUCUCACCAGGAGGUGGUGAAGCUCAUCAAGUCUGGGCCGUAUGUUGCCCUGACACUUCAAGGACCGCCCCCUUCAGCAGCCGCCCUCGUCCUACAACCCCUCCCCGCUGACCUCUUACCCAAUCAGAGGACGUCACUGGGAGGUGAAGCCCCGCCACCACCACCUCCACCCCUGCCCCCCGGACUUACCAGCACCCCCUCCCAAAGAAUCAACAAACCACUACAGAACCUAGAUGUACAGAAACACGCCACUCAGAUCCUCAGGAACAUGUUGGAACAGGGAGAGGCUGAGCUCCAGGACUUGAUGGAGGAGCUGUCACGGAACCCCUCCCCAUCACUGGAGGAGCGAAUCGAUAGUGCCAAGAGGCGCACCCAACAAGUGCGGGUUAAAAUCAAGCAAGAUCUGGAUGGAACUCGCCCCGAAGCUGUGUCCAACUAUGUAAUAGCAGGAGAUGCUCGGCUGUCGGUGGACUCAAGUGAAGGAGACUUUGAGACCUGUGAGAGCCCCCACUCCUCCCCCUCCUUCUUCAGGACCCCCCUACGCUGGAGACAGGGCUCCGGCACACACACCUUCUCUGACUCGGCUGGGAAGACUCAGAUCAUUGGCCCCGAGGAAGAGGAGGAAGAGGACGACAGCUAUGCACUCAAUGAGAUGGACGGUCCAUUUCAGGACAUAGAGCUUCUCAAGUCGAGACCGGCCCAUAUGACAGUGUUCAUGAGAUAUGUCUUCAGCCAGCUACUGGAUCCCAACCCACUGCUGUUCUACCUGUCGGUGGAGGCCUACCUGGGCUCCAGCCCUAAAGACGCCCGUGUCCUCGCGCCUCAGAUCUGCUCCCACUUCCUGGACCCUGACGCUCCGUUAAAAAUCAGAGUACGAGAAGAGUACCUGGCUGAUAUCGAGAGUCGUCUCCAUGCCCAGGAGGACAUCAGGGGACCACUGUCUGAGCUCCAACAGCAGGUGCUGCCUGACAUUCAGGACCAAAUACAGGACUACAGGAACAAGCAGAUGAUGGGUUUGGGCUCUCUGUUUGGAGAGGGAGACCUACAGCACCUGGAUGGAGACCCAGCCAAGGAGAAACAGGUGGUGGACAGACAGGUCACUGCUCUCUGGGAGAUACUCUCGAAGCACGAAGACGACAGAAGUUCUCCUCUAGCCUCUGCGGUGCUGUUGUACCUCCGUCACUCGGGCAUUAAGCUGAGGGACUCCAGGGUGUUUCCAGGACUCAGCACUGAGAAGGAGAAGUGGCUAUCCUUUUUCCCCAAGACCAAGAAGCCGAGCAGUGCAAAGAAAGAGAAGGAUGGAGAGGACAGGAAGAGAAACCCCAUCCUGAAGUAUAUCGGCAAGCCCAGGAGCACCUCCCAGUCCACGUUCCAUGUCCCCUUGUCUCCCACUGAAGUGCGUCCUGGCAGUGUGAGGAACAUCAUCCAGCAGUUUGAGAACGACCCAGAGAUCCCCGGGGAGGAGGGGGACGAGGGAGACCUCCAGAGACUGUCCUCCAGCAGCCUGGGAGAGGACAGCAUGGACAGCCCUAUGGUGUCGGUGCGUCUGGCUCGUAGUGAGUCUCUGAAGGCGCAGGGGGAGGGGCGUCGGCGGGGCGGGUCUUCAGGAGUGGAGACAGUCCCUCGUUCCCGUAGCGACGUGGACAUGGAGGACUGUGGGGAGGAGAUAGAGGGGCCGGGCCUGAGACCCCUACACCACAGCGCCUCCUCCUCAGCCACCAGUAGCUCAGCACGAUCCUUGGAGAACCCCACGCCUCCAUACACCCCUCGGUCGUCUAGACGACAGUUUGAGGAGUCCCCGGUGGCCCUGCUCCCUGAUGCCCCAGCCCUAGAGGACGACGUGGUGGACAGUCACAACUGGCAAGAGACAGUGGCCCCUCAGGUCCUGGCUACACUCUGUCCCCGAGAGGUGGACCGACAGGCCGUCAUUUACGAGUUGUUGACGACAGAGGCGUCUCACCUGCGUACUCUCAGGGUGUUGGAUCAGGUGUUCUUCCAGAAGAUGAGGUGUGUUCUGAGCUCUGACGAGCUGGCCUGCAUCUUCCCCAACCUGCCUCAGGUCUACCAACUACAUGUGAGCCUGUGUGAAGCCAUGAAGAAGAAAAGGGAAUCUCCCAUCGUUCAGGGCAUCGGUGACAUCAUGCUGGCCAGGUUUGAGGGCGUGGCGGGGGAGGAGUUUCAGGAGCAGGCGUCCCACCUGUGCAGCCAGCAGUCUCAGGCUCUGGAACUCAUUAAGAACAAGCAGCGCAAAGACCCCCGCUUCACACAUAUCAUCCAGGAGUGUGAGGCCAGUCCUCACUGUAGGAGGCUGCAGCUGAAGGACCUGCUGGUGUCUGAGACACAGAGACUCACCAAGUAUCCUCUGUUACUGGACAACAUCAUCAAACACACAGAGCCUGGCUCCACAGACCUCCCGCCUCUCCAACGUGUAUUUACCACCUCUUCAAAAGUUUUUAGUAUUUUCCUCCUCUUCAACGUUAGUAUUGACCACCUCUUCAAAGUUAGUAUUUACCACCUCUUCAACGUUAGUAUUUACCACCUCUUCAACGUUAGUAUUGACCACCUCUUCAAAGUUAGUAUUGACCACCUCUUCAACGUUAGUAUUGACCACCUCUUCAACGUUAGUAUUGACCACCUCUUCAACGUUAGUAUUGACCACCUCUUCAACGUUAGUAUUUACCACCUCUUCAACGUUAGUAUUGACCACCUCUUCAAAGUUAGUAUUGACCACCUCUUCAACGUUAGUAUUGACCACCUCUUCAACGUUAGUAUUGACCACCUCUUCAACGUUAGUAUUUACCACCUCUUCAACGUUAGUAUUUACCACCUCUUCAACGUUAGUAUUUACCACCUCUUCAACGUUAGUAUUUACCACCUCUUCAAAGUUAGUAUUGACCACCUCUUCAACGUUAGUAUUGACCACCUCUUCAAAGUUAGUAUUGACCACCUCUUCAAAGUUAGUAUUGACCACCUCUUCAACGUUAGUAUUGACCACCUCUUCAACGUUAGUAUUGACCACCUCUUCAAAAGUCUGGACCUGACCAGUAAGACAAUGAUCCAUGAGGGUCCUCUCACCUGGAAAGUCAAUAAAGACAAAACUUUAGAGAUCCAGGCCCUGCUGCUAUCAGACCUGCUGGUUCUGCUCCAGAGAGGUCCAGACGACCGGCUGCUACUGCGCUGCCCGUCCCGCUGGCUGGGGGGAGGAGGAGGUGGUAGCGGGGACACCAAGGCCUCCUUCAGCCCCGUGGUCCAGCUAGACUCCCUCCUGGUGCGCUCUGUGGCCACAGACAACAAGGCCCUGUACGUCAUCAGCACCACAGAGAGAAAGAUCUAUGAACUGGUAGCGGGGACGUCCUCAGAGAAAAACAUCUGGAAGGACCAACUUGAAAAGACCAUCUCAUUGGUUGCUGGCUCCUCACCUUCGACCAAUAACAGAUCCACACCUAUUUUCUCCCCAAGUCUUGGCAACGCUUCCCCUGUCUCAACUGGCAGCCAUGUCUAUCAAUCAGACGACUCGAUGACGGAGCAGGUUGUUUUCAUGGAGACGGACUCCCCUAACGAUGAGGAUAACGAGCUCACACGCACCACACCAACGGACCAAUCAGGAGCUUUCUUCUGCGGGGAUGGGCAGGACUACGUCAAGCGACGAAUUGGAGUAGCAGAGGCAGCUCUUGAAGACGUGGAGACGCUAAGGCAGCUGAUUUUCCGUGACCUGGAAGAUGGGUGGAGUCACGGCUCAGAUGGCACGCCCACAAACGAGGCAGCCAAUGAGAGGAGCCCGUUCAAUGACCACCAGAGGCCACUGUCCUCUGAGACUCUCCUUGGCGUCAGUCCCAGCCAAUGGGAGGCUGAGCACGCAGAAGCCCCGCCCUCGGAGGUGGAGUGCCCCAGUGUGCUUGUCGUGAGGAAAGCAGUGGUUGUGGGCUCCCCUUCUAUCCCUGAUGACAUCACUGAAGAUGCCACCCUCCACUCUGACCAAUCACCUGAGCCGAGAGGCGAGGCCAGUGUACGGGGAAACGUGUUCUAUCUGGCGAUGCCUACGGAGCAGGGAGAGGGACUGCUGGACGAGAGUCACACAGAUGAGGUCAACGACCCCCCCACCCCGACCACCACUGAACUUCCUGAUCUGGAACAGGAAGUGAUUUCAUCGCCCGUACAGACUCAUGAGAAAGAAGGGCAGGUCGCUUCCAUCAUGUCUGCGGACAAUCAAUCGGAGAGGGGAAAUCUGAGUCGGCAGGAAGGGCAGAGUCAAUCACAAAAGAGCCUCCAGAGCCAUAUAAUCAAAAACGUGGAUGACAUUUUCCACACCAUCGAGGAGUUGAUGAGAAAGCUGCACCAGCUGAGGGACAUAGAGACAGCUCAUCACCAGCUCCUGAAAACACUGAGAGAGCCACCUGUCAAUCCAGAGUCUGGUGACCUCUUUCAUAUCCAGGCAACCGUCGUCAGGACACCGUUUCUGAACCGGGACCCAGGAGACGGAAAGGAGGCGAGCCCAGCAGAGCCAGCCAAGCUGAAGAUCCUGUCCACUGGAUUCUAACGUUGUCAUUUCAGCGAGGACUUA